UAGCCGCCGUGCUGUUCUUCCCCUCUCUCAAUUUCUCUCGAUCCUUCCCCUCUGCGCGGCCUUUCGGAAGACGAGACGCUAAAUCGAAGCGUUAAAUAAAACAAACAGCAAACUCAAUUCCUCCUCUCUACUGUCCGUCGCAGCCGCUCUUCUCUCUCGUCGCCGGUCAAGGAAUCUGACCACGAUGAACCUAAAUCGGAGACUUCCUCUCUAGAUGUAAGUAAAAUUGACAUGCAUGUUUCCUUUCUUUGAUUUUUGGUUUUGAAUCGAUGGUUUUUGAGUUUUGGUUUCGGCGAGGAGGAGACCUAGUAUUCUAGUCUCGUAGGAAGGACAAGGUCGCCGGCAAUGGGGUGUUCAUCUCGUCGGUGACGAAGAUCGACAACUAGACAAAUAGGAAUGUGGAGAUAAGCGUAAGAUUGGGUUUGCAUGUGGAAUUUUAUUCGAUUUUUUUUUGUGAAGAUGGAAAUUUCUGAUUUUUUCUGGGUUUCGGUAUUGUGCGAGGGGGAAGAGAAAAAAAGGUCACUGGAGGAGAAAGCAAACUUGCCAUCGAUGAGAAUCCCAGCGACAAAAGAAGAUAGGUUAUAUAAAUGGACGGAUCUAGGUUGCUGUUGUUGGUUUCGGGCUCUCAAACGGUGACAUGGAUUUGAGAAGACAUAGCCCAUUGUAUUCAAGUCGACUGUUAUCCGCAAGUAAACCAUUUAUGUAUUCAAGCCGACUAAACCCCACUUCUUACUUUGAAGUCUUCAAGUCUUUUCAUAGUUUUUAGACCCGGACAAAAUGUGGUUUCUACAAGGCGCAUUCCGUUUGGAUUGUGCAAUGCCCCAGCGACAGUCCAAAGAUGCAUGGUAGCCAUUUUUGAUAAGCUAGUGGGGGAGAUAACGGAAGUGUUCAUGGACGACUUCUCGGUGUUCGAAGAUUCAUUCUCUCACUGUCUUGCC